AUGCCUUCCACCAGCCAGAUCGUCUCCGCCCUCGCCGUCACGGCCGUUGCCGGCGUCCAGGCCGCUAUGGGCCCUGCCUUCAGCACCGGACCCGUCGCCUCCGACUCUUGGAUCCGCGAGGCUACCUCUACUCUCGUCCUUCCCGCCGCCCCCGCCAACAACAAGGGCGACGCCUCCCUCUGGGUUGGCAUGGGUACUUCCAACGGUGACCUGAUCCAGUCCAUUGCCGAGAACUGGAACUCCAACAAGUGGUCCGCCUACGCCUACACUCUGAUGUCCACCGGUGCCAACUCUCAGAUGCCCGUCCAGACUGAGGGCACCGACGCCGCCGAGGGUGACAAGAUCACCAUGCACUACAAGUACGACGAUGCCUCUGGCAACUACACCCAGACCGUCUCCCUGAACGACAAGGUCAUCUCCACCCUGUCCACCAAGGACGGCCACGCCCAGGGCUGGGGCUCCGCCGUUGAGUGCGCCGAGGAGGACUGCGGCACCAUCGGUGCUCACUCUUGGAUCAACACCAAGAUCAUCCUCGAUAAGGCCGAUGCCAACUACAUCAACACCAUGGGCAAGGGCCAGGGUGUCACCGGCGACAUGAGCACCAGCGACGGCGGCAAGACCUGGGUCGUCACCACCAUCGAGAUCCCCGAGUUCACCUUCGGCCAGUAA